CUAUUUGACCUGACUUCUUGUUACUUCCAAGCAUUUUAUUUGUUUUUUUUAUUAGAAAACCUUGCCGUGCUAGGAAGAAGAAUUACGGUUGUGAGAAUUGUUCGAAGUAGGUAAAUCAUGGACGACUGUGACUGGACUUCGGAGGAGAGUGACGACUCUGAUGCACUCUCACCCCUGCAGCCAUUAGUGAUAUGGACAAGCAGAAGGUCAACCGCGUGUCCUCCACCGCCAACUGCAUCAUCUCACCACGUACGUGUAUACCCCAAUAGUGGUAAUCAAGAACCCACAUCAGAAUUCUCCUCUUUCCAGUUUUCUCUUCAGAAUACCGCAUUCAACCCUUGGAAAUCACGAACAUCUUGCGCCGGUGUUCUUCAAGAUCAUGUACCCAAGGACACAGUGACAGAUAAAAUCAGGGACCCUCGACCAGAAAUCCAGAGGAACAAGGAUACAAAGACCAGUGAUGCUUCAAAUACAGCUGUCGAAAACGCAUGUUUGGAUUCCUUGACAUCGGCAAUGGACAAGGAUCAAAUUUCGCAAGGUAACAGUACCCCAACCGUUAACUGCUAUCGCGAACCCGUUUCAGAUCAGUACACAGGCUACGAGGAAGUAGCGUUUCACAAUGAAUAUGGCAAGAACUACAGCAAAUCUGCUGGUAUGAACGUUCACGCAAGGCUUGUACACAACUUCGGCCAUUUUCCAGUGUCUUCUCCAGUGGCUAGCUUACCCGCGGAUUCCGAUCAUUACGAUCUUGAAAAGAUCAACACUCAUCACAACUCUGAGCUGUGUUCUGAGAUAGUUUGUCAACUUCAAUCUGACUUUCCGGAACCAGAAGAUACACUCUGCGAAGAAACCGAAAAGUCACUUGAUCGCCAGCCCGAUAGGCUUGAUCGCGAACAUUCACAUCCUGGAGAAAAGCAAUAUAGAUGUAAGCAUUGCGAUAAAUCUGUUUCUACUCCGUCUUGCCUAAGUUCUCAUCAAUCUAGACAUCCAGAAGAGAAAUCGUUCAAGUGCAAAGAGUGUGACAAAAUGUUCAGCACGCAACAUAAUCUUACUCGACAUGCACGACUUCACUCAGGAGGCAAAGCGUUUCCGUGCAAGUACUGCGCAAAGCCAUUCGGUGACAAACACGGCCUACAUGUUCAUGAACGUAUCCAUACCGGGGAGAAGCCGUUCAGGUGUGGUUACUGUGAUGAAAUGUUUCGCCGUAAUAUCGAUCUUAAAGUUCAUGAACGUAGCCAUACAGGAGAGAGACCAUACAAGUGUAAAUCGUGCGAGAAGUCAUUCACGACGAAAUCGAAGCUCACCGUGCAUCGACGCACCCAUACUGGAGAGAGACCACACAAUUGUAAAUCAUGCGAGAAGUCAUUCACGACGAAAUCAAAGCUCACCGUGCAUCGACGCAUCCAUACUGGAGAAAGACCACACAAGUGUAAAUCAUGCGAGAAGUCAUUCACGACGAAAUCAGAUCUCACCCGGCAUCGACGCAUCCAUACUGGAGAGAGACCAUACAAGUGUAUCUGGUGUGACAAGUCAUUCAAGAGGAAAUCACAUCUCACAGCGCAUCAACGCAUCCAUACUGGAGAGAAACUAUACAAAGUGCUCCAAGAUCACCCUUGGCUGGACACUGCAGCAGACAACUACAGGCCACCUCACCCAGAGUUCCAGAGAAACAAGGAUACACGCGCUAAUGAUCCUUCAACAGCAACUGACGAUAACCCAUGCUCUAAUCCAAUGACAUCAGCAAUGAACAAUGGCCAAACAUCGCAAGACAACAGUUACCAAACUGCUAACCAUCCCGUUUCUGUUUCAGAUCACUACACAGGCCACGCACACGUUGUGGAUGAGUCGGAAGAUGGCGAUUACUCGGGCAAAUCUGCCGACCUGGACGUUCAUAAUAUCGAACAUGUUGCAAGCGUUGCUGACAACGUCAUGGACCCCCGACCCGAAAUCCAGAGGGCAAAAGAUACAAAGCCCAGUGAAGCUCCAACCACAGCUGUCUUAAACCCAUGUUUGGAUCCCAUGACAUUGGCAAUGGACGACGAUCACUGUACGCGAGACAACAGUAAAGCAACUGUAAACUAUUCCGUUCCCGUUUCAGAUCACUACACAGGCAGUGGGAACGCAACGUUAAACUCGGAGUAUAGCAAUUUCUCAAGCAAUGCUGGCAAUGUUAACGUUAACGGAGGCCGCAGAGUACAUAUUGCCGGAUAUGUGCCAGUGUCUUCCCAAGUGGCUAGCUUACCUGAGGAUCCCAAGAAUCACAAUCGUGAAAGGAUCAACAAUCAUCACACCUCAGAGCCGUUUUCUGAGGCAGUUUGUCAACUUCAAACUUACCAUCGUCAACCAGAAACGUCACUCUGCGAGGAAACCGGGAAGUCACCUGAUCGCCGGCAUGAUCCGCUAGAUCGUGGACAUUCACAUCCUGGAGAAAAAACGUAUAAACGUAAGCAUUGCGAUAAAUUCUUAUCUACUCAGUCUUGCGUAACAUCUCAUGAAUGUCCACAUCCUGAAGAGAAAUCGCUCGAUUGUAACUUGUGUAAUAAAACGUUCAAUAAGCUACCUCAUCUUACACGUCAUGGACGAGUUCACUCUGUUGAGAAACCAUUUCCGUGCAAAUACUGCGCCAAGCCGUUCGGUGACAAAUCCGCUCUAAAUGUUCAUGAACGUAUCCAUACCGGAGAGAAGCCGUUCAGGUGUGGUUACUGUGAUCAAAUGUUUCGCCGUAAUACCCAUCUUAGAGUUCAUGAACGUAGCCAUACUGGAGAGAGACCAUACAAGUGUAAAUCGUGCGAGAAGUCAUUCACGACGAAAUCAAAGCUCACCCGGCAUAGACGCAUCCAUACUGGAGAGAGACCAUACGAGUGUAAAUCAUGCGACAAGUCAUUCAAGACGAAAUCAAAUCUCACCGUGCAUCAACGCAUCCAUACUGGAGAGAGACUCAGACCACACAAGUGUAACUUGUGCGACAAGUCAUUCACGACGAAAUCAAAUCUCACGGUGCAUCAACGCAUCCAUACUGGAGAGAAACCAUACAAGUGUAAAGUAUGUGGCAAAGACUUCCGAGCAACGUCAACUCUCGCAAAUCAUCAACGAAUCCACACUCUUGAGAGAACCUGAUCAAGUGUCAGCUAUGGUGACAAGUCUUUCAAUGUGAAAAACAACAUGGAAGACCAUGCAAAUACAAACACCGUAAAACAGAAAGAUUGUUUUCAAGAUUGUUGAAAGUGCUACUCAUAGGCCCGUUUCCAACCGCAAGUAGAAUAAAAUCAAUGUCGUUUAAAGCCCGAUCCGUUAUCCAUGCAAAGGUCUCUACUUACAUGCUAACUUCAACAUAAUUAUGUAACGUGCAAACCAUUAUCAUUGCCAUUAUACUCCGAGUGAUAUCCACUAUUUCAUUUCUUGUUUUCCAUUGCACUUCUUACAGAAAAGGAACGUGUUUCCAUACUUACCUUGCCACUCAAUUGCGCUAAACUUUACUGUGUGUUUUUUGGGAUAAAUCAGUCAUGCUAUAUAACCGAAACCUACUGCUGGAGCACGCAUGCCUGGUACGGAUCUUUUCGCUGGAAGAGGCACUCUACUUUUUUCAU